AUGUCAGAUAGGCCGGAAGGGGGAACAGAGAAGACAAGUGCUGAGCAAGAUGCAGAACAGACAGACGAAAAUGCAGACGAAAAUGCAAAGAAGACAGGAGUUGAAGACGAUAGUACAAAAGAUACAGAGGAAAGUACAGAGAAGACAACAGCUGAAGACGACGAGACAGAACAGACAGAUGAGAACAGCGAACGGCGAGAGAUACUGUCCAAGGGCAUCGCAGACCUUCAGGAACGGCGUGCCGCUUUGAUAGAGAAACACCUGAAAGAUGGGGUCCAGGAAAGUCUUAAAUUCGGUUCAGCAGACAAUCACCUUGGGACCAUGCUGUCAGGUCAAAUGAGCGUCAUGUUCAUUAUAAACAACCUGCGGACAGCGGUGGAGAGUAGAAGCAGACGCAAAGAACAGCUCAAGAAGAAGCAAGCUAAACUGGAAUCUCAAGUGGCAGAAUUACGCACAGUUCUGGAUGACAAAGACAAGUUGAUAAAGGAAAAGGAGGAAGAUCUACAGAAAAUCCAGGCAAGCAAAGACGCAGAAGAGAGCAAAGACGGAGAUUCGCAGACUGACUUUGAUCAGUCACUCGAAUCCGUGGACCCGACGUCCCAGGAACAUGCUCAAAUAGAAGCGCUGAAGUCGGAUAUUGAAGACAAAAAGCUACAGCGGGCCUUACUGUACGAGCAGGCCGCCUGCAUGGCGUCAGACAAGUCGUGGAAGGAACACGAAGUCGAGUUUCUAGACUCGCUCCUCAACGCGAUCAAGGACAAUCCAGAAGAGAAAGAAAUGAAGGGAAAGAAGAAAUCCGUGAUGGCGUGGACUCUGCUGAAUGAGUACCGUAAGGCCGAACAUGAACUAGAUGUGCUGAAGUACAAGGAUCACGUGCUGGAGAAGGAGAAUGAGGAGUUAGAAAGGGAGCUGGCAUUUCUUAGAAAAAUUGGAACAGGAGAAGACUUUGACGACGAGUCUUCGGACUCAGAGGGAGAAGAAGAAGACAACGACAGGAGACAGUUGCGAGACAGCAUCGAUGACGUCAUCGAAGCGGUCAAGGAAGCCCAGACACAAACGGAAGAGGAUUCCGGAGCCGGCAGUUCCGCUAACCUGCUGCACGGUGAGCCUGAUGAGAUGAAACAGAGAGUACAGCACCUGACGAACGUGGUCCGCGCCUGGAGGGAGAAGUACGAGAUCUCCAAAACCCAGCUGGCGGGAAUUGUCAGGGAGCUGGAGGAAGAACGGGAGAGGAACGUGGAGCUCAGCGGCGAGCUGGAAACGUUAAAGGACAAGCAGGAGAAGUUAGUACAGAAGUAUGAAGGGGAGAAGAAAGCUCUUCAAGAGGAAAAGGACGCGAACGAGUCGGAGCUCCAGAAAAAGCUCCAGACACAGAAGGAAAAGGCACAUGGGCUGUUGAGCCACCUGAAGGACGCCGUGGUGGAGGAGAGAAAACAGCGCAACGAGCUGGAACAGGAGAAACGUCUCUUGGAGAAGGAAGUGAGGAAGAUGGAAGAAUCUCUGGAGGAAAAGGAACAAAAGAUACAAGAGAAGGAGAAAAAGAUGGUAGCUCUUCAUACGGAAAUCGCAGACAAGAUACAAGGAAUACAGAGCGCAGAAAUGGAUGAAAAAAGUGCGCAGACAGAGGAGGAUAUGGUCCCAAGAUCGACCACUUUUUCAACUAUUUCCGAAUCCCAGCUCUCCCCGGCUAGGAGAUGGGAGAUCGACAUGCUGAAGGCACAGCUGGAGGAACUGACGUACGAUAAGCAGCUGCUGUGUGACGACGUGGAGAAAAUCAUCUUCGAGAAAAGCCGUAAAGUUCACGAAGUGGAGCUGCUGAGAGAACAGCUCCAGGGCAUGGAGGAAAGUCUGGAGAAACAGAAUCGUCACAAGAAGGAGAAGGCCGUCGCCACCUGGGGACUCAUGAGUAAGUACAGCCAGGCCAUACAGACGUGUGAUCUACUGGAGUACAGGGAAAACGUUCUCAAAAUGGAAAACGCUGAGCUGACAAAGGAACUGAAUGUUCUUAGGAGGGCCUUGGGAGACGGGAGCAAAAUGGACAACCAUCUUCAGAAGGAGAUGUACGCAAACCAGUUAAAGGACUUGGAAAGGGAUCUAGAAAACCUGAAGAGUGAGAACGAUGACUUGAGAGCAUACAAGGACAUACUGGAGCGGAGGUUCCUAGAUAAGAAGGAACUCUCCGAACAGCUCAAAGAAAAAACACGAGCGAUGGAGAAAGAACUCGAACGGCUGCGAACUGAGUGUGACGAGAUGAAAGUGGAGAUUUGCGCAGAAAACCAGGCAAAGCAGCAACUCGAGGCCCAGAGUGAUAACGACGAGUCAGCCGCAACAGAGAGCAAACAGGAAAAGGCCUUACAAAUCCACAUCCUCAGGAAACGAGUCACGGUCUUAGACUCUGAGCUGCAGACACUCCGUAAAAGGAACGACCUCGCCGAGAUAGAGAUGAAGUACGCAGAAAAUCUAGACGAGAUCAGGAAAGAAGCAGAGACAGCGAAGUCGAAUUUGGAGCUCGCUCGCAAGGAAACGGCUUCGCAUCGGUCCGAGAAGGACGCCCUCUCCAUGCAGGUGGUCAUGUUUCGUCACCGCCUGAACGAACUACACCGGGAACUUCCCGUGGUGAGGAAAGAAAGAGAUUCCCUCCGCAAGAGCAUCGUUCUCCUGAAAGCCAACAGGCAGCACGAUACAAAGCUCAUGAUGAGAGAGGUGUUCGAUCUGAAGAUAGAGAUGGCGAAGAUGCUGAACGAGAUAGACCUCCACCGGGAAGACAAAGCCACCAUCUUGAAACAGUUGAUCGAUCUACAGGCCAGUCUGACCAAAAAGGCACGGCAGGAAGGCAUCUCCAGGUCUGCCGUCAUGGAAACCACGAGGACAGUGGCUAAGAUGAUGAAACACCUUCAAGCCGUGCCUAACAUCCCAGAUGACUAUGACAUUGAACUCCCGGCGUCCACUCACGAGUUAGCUGACAGAGAUACCAAAUAUCCUGACGGAGGAAGUCCAGGGGAGUCUCCCGUGGACAUUUUUAACAAGCCUGACGACACAAGGGGGAAGUCAGAAGAACCCCGGCUCGACGACCUCCCAAAGCUCAAACCACGAAUUCCGAAAAGAGCGGAAGCCCAGCGUGUAGGUUUAACUUCAUCAAAGUCAGACAAAGGUCCCCACACGAGGAGAAGAAAGUCAGAAACGGCGGCAAACCUGUGGGAGUGUUCUUCCAUGACGCCGAGUGGCUGGGAGGGGAAAUCGGCGAGCGCUACAGGAGUUGAGAAGGAAACUGACCUACUGGCGAACAGACAGAGGAUUCAAGACACCUUGAACAAAACCAGGAUGGGGUAUGCCCCUCUCAGGAACACGCUGAACGCGUUUGACAGUCCGGUAGAGAGCCCGAGCGAAGGGCCGAGAACAGACUCCGGAAUCACAGCGGAUGAGAACAGGGGACAGGGACACCAGGCUAGCCCCGGAGAACCUGGCUGGCAGUACAGCGGCAAUGCCUACUCAGACUACGGCGACGACGGCGCCUCCUGGUCAAGCGAAAGCAUCCAUUUUGAUACAUUUUGA